AUGGGCAUGCAGAACCAAUGCGACGAUGGGAAGUCUAAUCUUUAUGUCGAUUGGAAUCCUAGUGACUUCACUACAUUCACAUGUAUGGCCGAUCCAUUUCCCGAUGUUGGUUCUAUUCUCUUCGAGCUGAAGACAUUAAACUCAUCAUUCAACCCAAAAACGGACGUGGUGUAUCACAAAUGCAUGUCGGAGAAAAUUGAAUAUGAUACUGCUCCACCUCUAAGGGGAGACCACAGACCAAACUGGGCCAGAUAUGGCGAGUAUCUGUACGUUCCUGAGCAACGAUGGCUACAUAAUCUGGAGCAUGGUUCCAUCAUUUUGCUUUAUCAUCCAUGUGCCGACCAAGACGAAUUAGAUAAACUCCGCAAAAUUGUUACCGCUUGUCUCUACCGACAUGUUAUCACACCUUACAACAAAUUAUCUGCAGAAAGGCCUUUCGCUCUAGUUUCUUGGGGAUCAAAGUUGGAGAUGAAUCAUGUGGAUGAGCGUGAAGUUGUCAACUUUAUAAAGGAUCACGCUCGAAUCGCCCCAGAAGACCUGUCAAAAGACGGUAUUUACGAUGCUUUCCUCAUGCAGCCAGCUAGGAUUGUCAGCGAUGAGAUGGAUAACAAUCUUUGUAGUUUUGCAAAUGAGUAA